AUGUCGCGUUCCUUCACUGUUGCCAGGAAGAGCUCGCUUCUCACCAUCUGCCUUUCGGCGCUUCUCGCGCUCCUCAUGCUCACCUCAUGCGUUUGCGCGUCAUCCAAAAACAUCCAGAUGCGCGAGAUGGACUCGGACGCCAUCGUUCCGCUUCGCUCGCACAGCAUCUACGCCCCCUACGUCGACUCGAACCUGCAAAACAAGUUCUGGGAUUUCGGUGCCGACACCAUCAUCGACACCAACAAGCACAUCCGUCUCACCCAAGAUCGAACUUCCCAAACUGGUUGGCUCUGGUCGCGUCUCCCCUUGACUGCCGACAAUUUCGAGAUCAUCUUUGAAUUCAAUAUCGCCGGUCACGCCUCUCACGUUGCCGGAGAUGGCAUGGCUCUGUGGCUCACCCAAGAUCGAGCCAAACCAGGACCUGUCUUUGGCUCGAUCAACUAUUUCACCGGCUUGGGUUUGUUCUUUGAUACCUACCCCAACUCCAGACACCCCUAUGCCUUCCCCAGAAUCUCGCUCAUGAACGGAAACGGCGUAGUGGCGUACGAAAAUGACAAGGAUGGCGCGAGGCAAGAAGUGGCGGGUUGUUCCAUCGAUUAUCGUAACCCACAGGUCGCUACCAAAGGCAAACUCAUUCACAUCAAGGACGUCUACACGGAACUACAAGUGCAUCAUACCGGCUGGGACCACUGGGAAUCGUGCUUCAAGAUCGACAACAUCAAUCUCCCCACCAAUCCCUACCUAGGCUUCACCGCAUUGACCGGAGACGUCUCGGACAACCACGAUAUCGUGUCUAUCACGACGAGCAACAUUGUUUACCGCAAUCGAACCCCGCAGCAGCUCAGGGAGGAAAGGAUGCGUCACUUCCCUGAAAAGUUUGGCGUCAAACCCAAGAAGAAAGGCUGGUCCUUUGGCGGUAACACCAAAGGCUACUCGAGCGACGUUACCAGCAGCAAGGACAGCAACGGCAGUAACACUCGUGGUGGUUUCAUUGGAUUCGUAAAAGCUCUCUUUGGCGUUUUGUUCUGGUUGGUGAAGUGGGCGUUGGUCUUGGCAGCGGUAGGUGCGUUGGGUAUGCUCGCAUGGCAGUACCACAAGAGGCAGAACAUGAAGCGCUUUUGA